AUGUUGUAACUCUGAUAUGUAUCAAAAUACCUUCUCUGCUGUGAAGAAAAUAAUUAAGAUCGAGUAAUAUUUUAAGUACUCACUUUAAGAGCUACUUAUAUUGAAUAUACUUUUACAGAUGUUCAGGAUAGAUUGUUUAUGUUAGUGAGUCAUUCGAAGUCGCAGCCACGACAUACGAACAUAUUAUGGAGCUUGAAGUAGUGGAGUGAACGAGAGACGUCUGAUUUCUUGUUUGAAUUUCGUUUUAUAUGAUGAGCAUGAGACUUGUGGACUGUGAAGUGCAGACAGAGGAGUUCAGUUUACUGCUGCCUGAGAGUGGAAGUGAAAAUAAUGUGCUAGAUAAAGGGAUGAAACAUCAACACAACUCUGCAUCCCCAAAAGAAACAUUUAUGCGGAAAGGAGGGAAAAAAUGUAUAUACCUACUAGUUAUAUUAACGUUGAUGGGUGGAGCAGGAUUUGUGUAUCUUGGGUUUUACUGUCCUGACUCUGUGUGCUCUCUAAGACCUCUGUCACUGGUCAGGUCAGGAAAGAAUGACAUCCAUCCCACUAAACAGCUUCAUGUGUUCAGUGACACUCUCGACCAGUUCCACUUUAGAACAGAUGGGGUUGGGCAGCCACUCCUCAAUACAGCCCGGACAGCCAUGGGGCCCUCUUUUGAUGAUGUGGUGGCACGAGACUUUCAGUUUGACAUCGAGGACCAUGAUGUCAUAGUGUUUUUGCAUAUUCAGAAAACUGGUGGGACAACAUUUGGAAAGCACCUUGUGGGAGACUUGGACUUGGCGCGUCAGUGUGAGUGUCGUAGAAGGGUGAAGAAGAGGUGCACCUGCCUUCGGCCCGGCAAAAAUUCAUUUGAGACUUGGUUGUUCUCCCGACACUCAACUGGAUGGAGAUGUGGCCUCCAUGCGGACUGGACAGAACUAACCAGCUGUGUGGAUGAUGUCAUGGAUAAACUUGAGGAUAAUGAAAUCAAGAGAAGGUACUUCUAUAUCACCAUGCUAAGACAUCCCAUUCACCGGUUUCUCAGUGAAUUCCACCAUGUUCGUCGUGGAGCAACAUGGAGGAACACCCGUUUGUUGUGCCAAGGGCGACGUGCCACUAAGGAGGAGAUGCCGCCAUGUUAUCACACAGAGACGUGGGAAAAUGUCACUUUGGAUGAGUUCAUGGCAUGCAGUAGCAACUUAGCUAUAAAUAGACAGACACGGAUGCUGGCAGAUCUGUCAUUAGUUGGAUGCUACAACACUUCCAUGAUGACUCCUGAAGAUAGGGGCAGGAUAAUGCUGCUUUCUGCAAAAAAUAAUCUGAAGAAGAUGGCUUUUUAUGGCCUGACUGAAGAGCAAGAAAUUAGUCAGUACCUUUUUGAAGUGACUUUUAACCUUAGGUUCAGAGUGCGAUUCAGGCAGUUUAAUCAGACUAUUACUGACAUGGCUAUGAAAAACUUUGAUACUGAAACUAUAAAACGAAUUGAGGAGCUGAAUUCACUGGACAUUGAACUCUACAACUAUGCUGUGAAGCUUCUGCAGCAGCGUUUCAAGAAAUUGUCAGCUCAGGACAAGCACUUUCAUGAACACUUUCAUAAUAUGGGAGGUAUAUUUUCUUGGGCAGAAAUUGAAAGUGAAGAAUGAGGUUUUAUAUUUCCAUGUUAUACAGUAUGCAAAACCAGAAGCACUUUUGUGUUGCCAUUUGUCAUUAUAAUUGAGUGAAAGAAUUUUAUACAUAUGCCAAUGAAUAAAUGAAAGUUUAAGGAAUGGAUUAAAGCUUUAAAAUAUAUGAACAUGUGAGACAGAGAUUAUGUUUAUGAAUGUCAAUAAGAAAGUGAAUUCAUGACAUCACAAAUAUGUGACAUUUCAAUAGAGCUCAGAAACAGUUAUAUGUUGCAAAGAAUGGAAAAUUCUCGAGGGUAAAAAAUUAUUAUAUGCUUUAUAAGUUUAUAAGUUUAUAUAUACUAAAAAUAAAAUUAUGUUUUUAAAGAGAAGAUUAAGUAAUUGACUGAUGAAACAUGUAAGAUAUGAGCUAAGUGUUUAAGGGAGUGUGUAGCUAGACAUAUUGGACAAGUCUAUGUAACCCUUGAUGUAAGAAAAUAUGAUCGUGGAUUGUCAAAGCUUUAGUUAUAAACCCUAAAAAAAAGGAACAUACAUAAUGAACAAAAGUUUUAUCCAUAGCCAUAUUCAACAAUUUCACUGAAUGUUACAAGUAUUAUGUUUAACAAAUGAUGUUUCUGGUAUAUUUUGAAAUUGUUAGGAAUAUGUGGUAAAGGAAUUCUAUGAACAAAGUUAUCCUGUGUAACUUGAGUGGGAGCUGUAUGGAACUAUGAUGGUUAGUGUGAGUUAGGGAAAUUUUUGGUAAAACUGCAGGGUUGGACCUCCCCCUUUUCCUCCAUCCGAACCCCCCAACCCUCCCCAACAAGCUUGGGGGCCUGUGGGGAAUCGGAGUUUUUGGGGGGGAGACAUAAAAGAGCGAUAAAUGGACUUUGAAAUUCUAGGGAAAUUUCCCUAGAAUAAAAAAGAUUUGGGUUAAAAUUUAAGUUUCAAGCAAUACGCUAGAAUAAUUAUAUACCUAACGUAACCUAACUGGGGGGCUGCGCCCCCCCGGUGGACCCCCACGCUAACCAGGGGGGACUGUGCCCACCCUGGACCCCCCCUAAGCUUAUUAACCUAAUCUAAUGUAACCCAGGGGCUGCACCCCCCCUGGACCCCACCCUAAGGUUACUAACCUAACCUAACGUUACCUAACCUAAUCUAACCGGUGGGGGUGCCAUUACCUAACCUAACAACUGGGGCUGCACCCCCUGCACCCCCCCUAAGGUUACUAACCUAACCUAACUUAUAUCCUUGGCUAGUAACCUAGCCACGCAAUAACAAUAAAGUACAUAGGGAAAUUUCCCUAGAUUGAAAAAAAUGCAUUUAUCGCUCUUUUAUACCUUCUCCCCCAAAAAACUCCCGAUAUGAUGAUAAUAAAAUAAGACAUUCAUCAAUGUGACUUACAUUUACGGUUGAUGUGGAGAUAUUAGAAAAUACGUAAUAAAUAACAAACUUACCAAAUUGAUUGGCAGAUGUAUUAUCACAUGAAUUAACGACGUCACACUCCAGCUGCGUGCGCCACACACUUACCAACACACGAACACACGCUUCAAUUUGUGUAGCUUCACUUGGAAGGGAUGAUUGUGGACUUAGUUUCUGGAGGCGGCGUGCUAUUAAUUUAAUUACUACAGCCUUACAAAAGCCUUCCCCACAUUGAAAACAUCACAGACAUGUUCUAUAGUAAGUUCUCUAUCACGUUGCAAUGUGUUUUUAAUGAAUAGAGAGGUGAUCCAACCCUGCAGAUAUACAAAAUUUUUAAGGGGGGUUGUCUAGGGAUAUGUUUUUGAUGAAAAAUUUUUAACUUGAACAAGAAAGAUUUUUGCUCAGGCCAGGACAUCCUAAAUUACCAUAUUUGCAUAAGAUUAAAUCCUUUCCAGCCCAGAUGCCAUUUUUAAAUGUCACAUGUAAUUUGUAUGCCAAUACACUUUCUAUUAUU